GCGCGAGGGGUGGUAACACAUGCAGCGUCCGCGUUCACUUCAGUAUGGCCGCCCGCGCAGGUCUAAUCUCGAUAUAUUAUUCAUGUUUGAGAAGUGUGAUUGGUCAGUCCGUCCAAGUGGACGGGGUUUAAUGUGAAUAUGAAACAAGCUGUUUGUUUGCAACAUGGAGAAUGUGGUGAAAGGCAGCGGCCUUGUUUAUAGGGUGCGGUAGUGUCUGUUAGUGUUUUCGCAGAAAUUAGUCCCAAAACAAGGAAGACGUUCGUACAAAAUGUCCUCGGUAUCGGUAUGUUUGGACGAAGGGAACAGUCCUCCGGCUGGGUUUCCAGUGGCGUUAAAGAAAGUGCUGGAAAUUCCUCCGCCGAAUUUGUUGGACUGUGCAGAUGAAGAUGAGAAAGAGAAGCUUUCUGGAGAUGAAGCGAACUCUGUAGGGGGAGUCAGUGGAUUGGGGCCAUCAGCUGCCUUGACCCCUGCUAUCUGGGACAAGACAAUUCCAUAUGAUGGCAAAACCUUUCAUCUUGAGUACAUGGAUCUGGAGGAAUUUCUCAUGGAGAAUGGUAUCCCUGCUUCUGAACAAGUCCAGCAGAAGAACCUUGCAAAAGAGAGCUCCAAGCAUCUUCUAGAGAAAACUGUCACUAUCAUUCCAAAGACAGAACCUAGUUCAGCAGAUCCCAUCUCUCUUCUACCAACCAUGGAGCUGGAACAGUGUGAAGAAGAAGUAGUAACAACUGUUAUAUCAACCUCUGACUCAGCGCAGACCAAAACAGACCUAACCAGAACGGAGGAAUGUCUGACGCCAGACCCCAUUGACCCAGAGGACAUUGAGAUAGCAGUGGAUUUUGAGCCCGAUCCUGCAGACCUUGUGCUUUCAAGCCUACCCGGAGGAGAACUCUUCGACCCUCGCAAGCAUCGCUUCAAUGAAGAGGAUCUCAAACCACAACCAAUGAUCAAGAAAGCCAAGAAAAUAUUUGUGCCUGAAGAUCAUAAGGAUGAAAAAUAUUGGCAAAGGAGGAAGAAGAAUAACAUCGCAGCAAAACGUUCCCGGGAAGCUAGGCGGCUGAAGGAGAAUCAGAUCACAGUCCGUGCAGCCUUCUUGGAGCAUGAGAACAUGGCCCUGAGGCAGGAGGUAGCUGAGCUUCGCAAGGACUUGGGACGCUGCAAGAAAAUCGUGGCUUGCUAUGAAGUGAAAUACGGAUCACUGUAAGAGACUGAUCCCAGGAAACAACAGCUGGACGAUUUGCAUUUUCAAAAGAAGUCAGUAAAUCCACUCUCUCAUGACUAAACUGAAAUGUUUACUACGGUCACAUUUUUGCCUUUUUAUGAUGCUAUGUUCAAUGAAAGCAAACUUAUCUGCCUAACUGUAAGUUAUAUCAAUCCAAUCCAAUUGUCAUUGUUUAUAAUUAAAAUUUAUUUUUAAAAUUAUAUUGUAACUUUUAUUAACAGUUUAUAUAAAUCGUCCCUACAAUGGGUGUUCAUAAACAUUGCUUAAAUAUUUUAUAAAGCAAUACCGGAGUAUGUAUUUAAGGCUUAUGUCAAAGUCUGUGAGAUGACGACAAAGAUUUUAGGAAGUGUAUUGGUUAGUCUUUACAUGAAACCGAGAAGAGGCCAAGAAUAUUAAUAUGGUGUACAUAUUGUUAUAUCUGUAUUUUUCAAACAUUUUUAAAAAGGUUUCAUAAAGUACCCCCUUGUCAUCUUGCCCUUGAAGAAAUGUAUUUAGUGUAUUGAAUACUUUUCAGCUGAAGUAUUAAUAUGCAUUUGCAUUCAACGCUACAAUGAACUCAAAACAAUUUCUUGUUUAUGAAGCCAAUAUGCCAGCCAUAUGAAUAAUUUUAAUACCCUCAAAAUAAAGUAGUAAUCAAAUUUGUAUUUAUAAGUUCGAAACACUGUAUGUUCUCAAAUUGAUACAUUUUAAAUAAAAAAAAAGCAAUGAUCUCAGUCAGCCCUUAAUCAUAAUUAAGGGUUCAUUCUUCUCCCAUUGAUAUUAAGACAAAGUCCCAUAAAACCUCACUUUUGACACAAGCCUUUCAUGAAUACUCCAGCAUGCUUGUGUUAUGAAUUUUAUAAUGGCCCUGUGCCAGUACACUUCGUGUUAAAGAGGGGUUUUUUUUUUUUUUAAAAAAAGGUGGGUUACUUUAUUAUGCUUUAAAUCCCCUUCGACAUUCUUCCUGGAAGCAUGAAGAGAAUUAUGCUUGAAAUUCAGAUUGAAUUGGUCAUGUGAGCAAUUGGGAUAGGGUGAUGGAAAAACAAAGAAAGUUAGCCACGUGACCACUAAACUACAUUGAAAAUAACAAAUUGGCUGAUGUGUAUUUAAUUGAGCAAUUUUAUUGUUACAAUUUAAUAAAGAUAAAUAAUUAAUUCUAUUUAUUGGUUUGUUUUUAAUUUUGUACAUUUUCAGCUGUGGUGAAAGUUAAAGGGGCUGUUUAGAUCUUUCUGCUCAAAAGCAUAACCAUUACUCAUGUUUGAUGGCAGCGCUUCUUUUUCAGGGUAGUAAAAUGACCAUACUGUCUGAAGCACUAUUCGGACAGGACUAGUUUUCCAGGGGGUGUAGAAGUUAGCGUUUCACAGAUGUACUUCGUGAUUUUAAUCCCGUCUAAAUCUGCCAAGUCUGUUUUUUUUCAUACACAACCUAUUUAAAAAAAAAAACUAUUAUUUAAUAAUAAUAAAUAAAACAAAUUCCAGAGUAAAUUACCCACUGGUCUUCAGUUAACUCUGUGAUCCUCCCACUUGAAUGCGAAUGUCUGUGACUGCGGAUAAUAUCUUUUCACAGUGCUUUUCCUUGUGUGUUUUGGCCAACGUGAACUACAGUAGAAGCGCUUACAUGCAUGUUUUCUGCUUGCUGCGUUCAAUCCAGUCUGUAUGUAGACGUUUUUGCUACCCGGUGAAGAAAUUUUUAAAAAAUUUAAUCAACAAGAAGAGCCAAAUCACAAAUUGCUAGGAUUACUCACCUUCAUUUCUUCAUUAAAUUAUAUAAUAUUUUACUUGUAUAAGUAAUCAUGUCUUUAUUUUAGUGGGUUUAUUAUAAGCAGCCAGUUCUAUAAAAUCAUGUUUUUGUUUUUUAAAUAAGUAAUUUUACUUAAUUAAAAUUGUCAAUAAAUUAAGAAAAUUGAUUUUUUUUAAAUUUAUUUAAAAGUACGUAAGCAUGCAUCCAGAGCACAUGAACUUCUACAACACCCAGAUGUACAAAACACUCCCGCCUCUGUAAUAAACACAGAUGUUAGUCCCGUCCGAAUCAGUACAUGGAAUCACAGACGUCAGGUGAUUGAGAAUUGUAACUCAAACUACGUUUAGAAAACUAUUCCCGUCUGAAAAGUGCUUAAGAUUAGAGUUUAUCAGGGACAACUUUUGCAUCUCCUUAUCUGUGCAUUUACUUGAGCUGCUUUUGAAUUAUCUGUAAAUAUAGAUAAAAUACAGUUAAUGGCAUUGUGUCUCAGUACCAUCUUGACAACCUAUUAGAAGUUCAGCUGAUAUAUUAGUGCUUCCUAAAAGGAAUAACAUGUCUCUUUCUUCCAGGAUGAAACUGUCUACCAGGCACAGAGUAAAUGCUUUUUAAGCAAAUAAAUCUAUUUAGCCGUUUAAUUCUGAUUGGUCACCCGAAAGGGGUGGUUUACUGACCAGCUUCAAGGUUCAAAAUGCAAAUAAUUGGAUUUCCAGGUUCUAACUAGAAAUAGAUAUGUAUAAUUAUUUGUAUUGCAUGUCUAAUCAAAGCUUUUUCAUGUUGAAAGGAUACUUUGUUUCUAUAUGUAAAAAAUCUUCCUUGGUCUGGAGUCACCGUCACUCUAGUUCAUGCAUGUUAUUGAACAAACAUCAUUCCAACUCGUGAUCUGUAGAGAUGGAGUCCAGUUCUCUGCUUUAACAUACCUACCAGGGCUGGUGAAUAACUGAUAAGUGGUAUCAUGCGUUUGUGAACAGGGAAAUCAUUAAACUGUACUGUUAUGACCUCUGGUUUAUAUAAUAUUGCUUUUUUUUAAUUAAAACUUCCUGUGCUGAAUGUUCCAUGCUUGUUCCACAUUAUUAAAGAGUGUCUUCUCAAUAUGA